AUGGAAGCGGCUGUGGAGAUCGAGGAAGUGCCCACGAAAUCAAUGGCGAAGGGCGCAGAGACUCUUCUGGCGAAGCAUCUUCAUGGAAAGAAACAAGAGUGGGACACAAUUAUGGCGCAUAAAGAGCCUUUGCGCCUGUUGGAUUUGCCCGUCGACAUUCUACAAGCCAUUCUUCGAGAGCUGACACAUACAAAUGACCUGACAUCCCUCGCUUUGACCCAUUCAGCUCUACAUGCGUUGGUCAUCCCUCAUAUCUAUGCCCGCUUUGAUAUUGUUUGGCCGGAUGCCAACGCUACAUUUGAGAAUCGCAUGGGCGUCGAUGCUCUAACCUACGGGUUGGCAACUUUGGUCAUGGCCCAGGACGUGUUUGGGGAGGCCCCGUAUCAGCAGCAAACCCAACAUGCCUGUCAGAACUGCGGCCACCGAAAUCAGGUCGCUCAGACAGCCUUGGACCGGCCGAAAAAGAUUCGACGUGGCAAUCACUUUGCUCAGUACACCCGGAAAUUCAGUCUGGGGAACGGGCCCGCCGAGUGGGUUCAGGAAUAUCUCAUCACGAAAGAGGGGGGAAAGAUGCUGGGGACUUUGGUCGCACUAGCAGUAGGACGGAUGCGAAAUCUUGAAGCCUUCAUUUGGGACAUGCCCACUGGUGUUCUUCGAGAUGUCUGGAUGGCUCUGGCUUCGCUCGGCAACCGCGAUGACGGACAAGAAUGUCGUCUUGAACGAGUCUGGGUUCGCUGGCAUGACAAUCAAGACCAGGGGCCUUUGGCCUCUCCUCCGCCACCGGGAUCCAUUCCAGGGCCGCAGGCUUCCAACUUGCCGUCCAUUCUGGCGGGAUCUGCCAAUUCUCUCUUUCAGAUUCCGCCAUAUCCUCGAGUCGAGUUCCCGACAUUUUCGAUUCUACCACCUCUCAGAAGCCUCAGUGUCCUCGACAUCGACGAACUACCCUAUGCAGAGGAGAUGAGCGUUCUCAUCGAGAGGUCCUUGGGAAGACUCCAGGAACUCCGUGUCGGCAUAGCUUCGCACGCCCAAUUCGACAUAUGGGCAAAACCUUUGGAGGACCGAACCGUUAUUCUGCCUCCUAUGCCUGGAAUGGCUGACCAGAGUCCGCGGCCAGGAGGCAUCCUCGGCAUCCUGGUACAUCGAUUCUGCGACGCCUUCUCUCAUUAUGCACAGGAUCAAUCGUCGUCGACCUUGGGUUCGCAACAAGACUCAGCCCACCACGCUACGACCGUGGACACGUCUCGAGAACACGAGAGAGAGGAAGGCUCCGAAGAGUCAGUCAGCACUGCAGAGAUAAGCCAGUUGGGUGCUCUCCUUUUUGCCCACAGUGUCCAGGAUGACCACUCCGACAUGGUUCCUGUCUCAGCGACAAAGCAACGAUCACCAGAGGACCCCAUUCCCGCCUUGGGCCACAACCAGAUACACCACGCCAGCGACGUAUUCCACGACUCUCAGAGAGAAGGUCGACCGGCGCGAAAGUUGCAGCUGGAGACGCUCGAACUGGAGCGUGUUUACCUGUCAAUCGCGGUGUUUUCAAAAGCAGUCGACUGGUCACGACUGACGACUUUAACUCUUCUCGGCUGUCGAAACCACGAUCAGCUGUGGAGAGCGCUUCGAAAACAGUUUACUCCUACCAGUCGGAGGAGAGCGUCAGCAACGCCUUUCAGGGUUUCAGCGAACGGAAUGUCGAGCAUGUUGCUUCGGUCGCAAAUGAACACGCCCCCAACACCUACACCAGCGCGGUCCGACUAUCCCCUGAGAUUGAAGCGAUUGCACACGGACAUGGUAUCUCAAUCGUUGAUUGCGUUCCUCAAGGACACUCUGGCACCGGACAGCCUCGAAUGGCUUUUCCUUCAAGAAAACGCGAAUUACAAGUCGUCGGUGACGGUCGACACGAUAUUCAGAAGCGCAAUCCGACGGCACCGUUCCAGCCUCACGAAACUCCUCAUCGACAGCACACUCCGAACCGAAGACCCAGAACGUCCUCACACCAACUGGAAGAGAUGGGUGAGCAACCGUGAGCUCAUCACCUGCAUCACCAGCGGCAAAAUGAAACUGCGAGAGCUAAGCAUGUCAAUCGACUACAAGGACUGGCACUAUUUCCUCCGGCGUUUGCCCAAUGCGACGACAUUGCGCUCUUUGCACAUCCCGCAUAUCGCCGAGCACAUCAAUGGAACGGUUCAUUCUCGCGAAGCGGCAUUGCAAGUCCUCGACAUCGUUGCCCUGAGACCAGAGCUUGAGCUGUGCUAUCUCGGAAUUCAGACCCAGUGUUUCGAGAUAUUGGAGUAUGCGACUCCUCGAAAGGGAUCCUAUUCAGGAACGAGCGGUGAGGAUCACUCUGGAGACGAUGUUGGACCAGGUGAUGACACGGCGGCGCCACAUCCCAGUCAGCCCCAAGCUCAUCACGAUCACGACUCUCACGACGAGGAAGCAGGUGACCACGGCGAACAUGGCGAUCCGGAUGACGACAGCGAUUUCGACGCUGUUUCGGACGAUGGAUAUGACCUGACCGACGACGGUGAGGAGAGCGAAGAUGGAGGAGAAGCCGGUGGUUCUGGUGGGCCGAAACCGACCUGGAGGUUGCGGGAGAUUCUGUUCUAUGAUGACAAGAUCUCGAUCUUCAAGGCGAGGCAUGGACGGUUGUAA